GGUGCGGCCGUGAGCUCUUGGGAAGUUCUGCUCGACUCCAGCUCGGCCUAACCGGUCCCUGUCCGACCGCACCGACCGCACCCGAGCUCCGUGUUUGCUCGGCGUCCGCCCGGCCAGCCAUGGGAGCCCUGUGCCGCUGCUUCUCCGCGAUUCUACUUCUGCUGCAGGUUUCAUCGUUGCUCUGCCAGGAGCCAGAACCCGAGCCCUGUCGUCCCGGCUUCAGUGCCGAGGUCUACACGUUCCUGGUGCCGGGGAGGCACCUGGAGAGAGGCCGCGCCCUGGGUAGAGUGAGAUUUGAAGGGUGCACUGGUCGGCCAAGGACAGCUUACUUUUCUGAGGACUCCAAAUUCAAAGUGGCUCCCGACGGUGCCAUCACGCUCAAGCGACCUCUAAACCUUCAUAAACUGGAGACGAGUUUUCUUGUCCAUGCCUGGGAUUCUACUCACAAGAAGUUUACUGCAAAAGUGAUACUGAAGUCUGUGAGGCACCACCAACACCGCCACCACCACCAUGACCCUGCCUCUGGAUCCGAGCCAGAAGUGCUCAUGUUUCCCAGCUCUCACCAGGGUCCCAGAAGACAGAAACGAGACUGGGUCAUCCCCCCCAUCAGCUGCCCAGAAAAUGAGAAGGGCCCAUUUCCUAAAAAACUGGUUCAGAUCAAAUCCAACAGGGACAAAGAAACCAAGGUUUUCUACAGCAUCACUGGCCCAGGAGCUGACAGACCUCCUGUUGGUGUGUUUAUCAUUGAGAGAGAAUCGGGCUGGCUGAAAGUGACGGAGCCUCUGGAUAGAGAAAAUAUUGCCACUUACACUCUCUUCUCCCAUGCUGUGUCAUCAAAUGGGGAGGCAGUGGAGGAUCCCAUGGAGAUUUUGGUCACAGUGACCGAUCAGAAUGACAACAAGCCAGAGUUCAUCAAGGAGGUGUUUGAGGGAACUGUCCAAGAGGGCGCUCGUCCAGGAACCUCUGUGAUGCAGGUCUCAGCCACUGACGCAGACGACGAUGUGAACACCUACAAUGCUGCUAUUGCCUAUACCAUCAUCAGCCAAGAUCCUGAGCUGCCUCACAAAAACAUGUUCACUGUUAAUAGAGACACAGGGGUUAUCAGUGUGCUCACCUCCGGACUGGACCGAGAGAGUUAUCCUAAAUAUACCCUGGUAGUUCAAGCUGCUGACCUUCAAGGCGAAGGCUUAAGCACAACAGCAACGGCCGUGAUCACCGUCCUCGAUGUUAAUGACAACGCUCCCAUCUUUAACCCAACCACGUACGUGGGUCAAGUGGAUGAGAAUGAGGAAAAUGCGUAUAUUGCCACACUCAAAGUAACUGACGAUGAUGCCCCCCAUACUCGAGCGUGGCAGGCCGUGUACACCAUAGUCAAUGAUCCUGACCAUCAGUUUGCUGUUAUCACAGACCCCACCACCAAUGAUGGCAUGCUGAAAACAGCCAAGGGCUUGGAUUUCGAAACCAAGCAGCAGUAUGUUCUAUAUGUGACAGUGGCCAACGAGGACCCCUUUGAGGGGAAUCUUGCCCUUUCCACAGCCACUGUGACGGUGGAUGUGGUGGAUGUGAAUGAAGCCCCCAUCUUUGUGCCAGCCGAGAAGAGGGUGGAAGUACCCGAAGACUUCGGUGUGGGUCAGGAAAUCACAUCCUACACUGCCCGCGAGCCAGACAUAUUCAUGAACCAGAAGAUUACGUAUCGGAUUCUGAGGGACACUGCCAAGUGGCUGGAGAUUAACCCAGAGACUGGUGCCAUUUCUACUCGGGCUGAGAUGGACAGAGAAGACGUGGAGAACGUGAAGAACAGCACGUAUACAGCUCUCAUCAUCGCUACAGAUAAUGGUUCCCCAGCUGCCACUGGCACAGGGACUCUUCUCUUGGUCCUAUCUGACAUCAAUGACAACGCUCCCAUCCCAGAACCUCGAAGCAUGCAAUUCUGCCAGAGGAACCCACAGCCCCAUGUCAUCAACAUCAUCGAUCCAGACCUGCCCCCCAAUACAUUCCCCUUCACUGCUGAACUCACCCACGGGGCCAGUGUCAACUGGACCAUCGAGUACAAUGACCCAGGCCAAGAAUCUCUCCUUUUGAAGCCAAAGAAGGCCUUAGAAUUAGGUGAAUACAAAAUCAACCUCAAGCUCAUGGAUAACCAGAACAAAGACCAGGUGACCACACUGGACAUCCUUGUGUGUGACUGUGAAGGGGCUGUCAACAACUGCAUGAGGGCAGGCUAUGUAGAAGCAGGAUUGCAAGUUCCUGCCAUCCUCGGCAUUCUUGGAGGGAUCCUGGCUUUGCUGAUUCUGAUCCUGCUGCUCCUACUGUUUCUACGGAGGAGAACGGUGGUCAAAGAGCCCCUGCUGCCUCCAGAUGACGACACCCGGGACAAUGUGUAUUACUAUGAUGAAGAAGGAGGUGGAGAAGAGGACCAGGACUUUGAUUUGAGCCAGUUGCAUAGGGGCCUGGAUGCUCGACCUGAAGUGAUUCGAAACGAUGUGGCUCCCAGCCACCUGAGCAUGCCCCAGUAUCGUCCCCGACCAGCCAAUCCUGAUGAAAUUGGGAACUUCAUCGAUGAAAAUCUGAAGGCAGCUGACAGUGACCCCACGGCACCCCCUUACGACUCUCUGCUGGUGUUUGACUAUGAGGGGAGUGGUUCCGAAGCUGCUAGCCUGAGCUCACUGAACUCCUCCGAGUCGGAUCAGGACCAGGACUACGACUAUCUGAACGAGUGGGGCAACCGCUUCAAGAAGCUGGCUGAUAUGUACGGUGGCGGCGAGGAUGACUAGGAGACUAGAGAGGAGCCCCUGGGUGCAGCCAUGGAAGAUUCAGAAUAAUGUUGCCAGUGGCCUUUCGUCUCCUUCCCCAAGUUUGUAAAAAGAGAGACUGAUUUGUUAUGCGGUUUGCAUGGUGGCCUCGCUCUACCAGUCUACUGUGUUAGAAUGGUUGUCAUUUGUUCUUGAAAUCAGUUUUUUAUUUUUACAGGGCUGGGAUUUGAACUCUGCCACUGAGUCACAGGCCCACCCUCUCCUUAUUUUAAUUUUUCUCUCCUUUUCCGUGGAUGGGAUGAAUAUGGGGCUUUACAGUGAGAGGCGAGUCCUCUUGUUACCGACCUAUUGCCCCAGUUGAGAGUUUUUUAUUUCAGAAUGACAAUUCAAGCCUCAGAAGGGUCAGCUAGCACUGGCAGUUUAAGAGAUAGGGGAGAGGGUCUGCCCUAUUUCUCUUUCAUUGUGUAUAGGAAAUGGUUUGUUUUUGUUUUUGAGCUAGGGAUCUAGACAAGUUCCAAGGCCUUCAGCCCACACUAAAAAUUUUAAAUUGUGUACUUUCCCACAGUUAUUAUGUUUGUGUUCUGUAUUCUCAUACCCACUUAUGCUCCUGAAUUCUGUUGUCCUGCCCAGGUGCUAUAUUCUAUGAUGCGGAAGUGACUGGGUCUUUUUGUGGUGAGAGACAGGUAUCGUGGUAGGGGUGCGACUGAAGGGGUAUUGUGUGAUUUAAAGACCUUCAUAGUUUUCCUUCCUCACCUCCAGAUUUCUCACUUGAAAUGGGAAUUCCUGUGCGGAGUCACUGUCCUCUAGGUGAAAGUCACAGUGGGGUGUGUUGCUCCAGUUCUCUGUAGGGAGCCAUGACCACAGCUGGUAGGAAGGCUUUUAGGCCCCCUUUGGUUUCUUAUGCUUCCUUCACACCAACGUAAAAGAGCCGUGUGCUCUGAGACUCCCCAGUGCCUGGCGUGCUGCAGUCAAAGACAGCAAAUGCGAGAGACUGGCUCGUGGGCAGCACGUGUGUCAGGGUGCCUGGCCAGCUCACACGCUGAUGGUGAGGCUUGAACUCUUUCUCAGAAAACUUCUGGAAGAAUAGAGGGGUCUCACCAUGUGCUUCCUGGCUGGAGUCCUUUUCUGCAGCUUCCGAAGCCCAGGAAGCAUGCCCUUCCAAUGCCUGCUUUUGAUGGUAGCUACAGAAAAUGCUGGCUGAGUAGGGCCAAGUAUGCAUAGAAAACCGAGACUGUUAGAAAUUGUGCAUUUUCUCGUAGAAGCAGGAAGAAACACUGUUCCAAUGGGAGAAAGGGGGCGAGGGCCUUGAUUUGAAUCUUUUAAUUAAAAAUGAAAAUUUCAGCUUUUUGAUAACCACUGGAGAGAAUUUUGUUAAAAGUGCUUUACUCGCGACUAUUUUUUGGAAGAAAAUAAUGACUGCAAUCAACUGUGAGAACUGUUGAUUUCUCUGUAGUUAUAUGUCUACUGUAGUCAGUGUAGAGUGUCACUUGUAUGUAGUUUGAGUGUAUAUGUGUGUGGGUACUGAUAAUUUUGUAUUUU